AUGGCGACUGUCAUCUCGAUUGUGCCGGAGAAAUUAUUAAUGAAAUCUCAGAUGGGGGCAAGAUUCAAUCUUCCUUGGAAGCAAAACCGGGAGCUGGAACAGAAAAAGAAACGCUUCUUUACCCGACCAUGGGGACGACGUCAGAUUGGGAUACUCUGUGCUCUGGGGUUCCUUGGAAUGGCCUUGACAGCACUCGUCGUUGCCCUCCCCGUCUAUUUCACAAAGAUCUAUGGCUUUGUGAAAGACACUGACGACUAUUGGAAACGACCCCAGCCAAAUGAAGACCACAGCUACCAACUUGAGGAGAACCGGCCUAGUUUCGCCCUGCACAAUUUCCCGGACCCGGGACUCAUUCAGCACAAUGGCACAUGGUAUGCCUACGGAACCAACCCCAAGAAAAGGAACCCCGGCAGUAUCCAUGUGCCUGUUGCCACAUCGACCGAUUUUAUCAACUGGACUCUUCACGAGGAUUAUGACGCGAUGUCGACUCUUGGCGCUUGGGAAAAGAAGGUGAAUCAUUGGGCCCCGGAUGUGAUCCAGCGGGACGACGGCAAAUUUGUUAUGUAUUACUCAGGAGAAGCCAAGAAUUACGGCAGCCACCAUUGUGUGGGAGUUGCCGUAUCAAACGGUACAAGCCCACUAGGUCCUUAUAUCCCCGAAGACAAGCCACUCGCCUGUCCCCACAAGCACGGCGGUGCCAUCGACCCAUCGCCGUUCAGAGACACCGACGGCACGCUGUACGUAGUCUACAAGGGCGAUGGAAACAGCGUUGGACACGGCGGCAACUGCAAUAAUAGCAAGAAGCCACUUGUAUCUGUUCCGAUUCUUCUGCAGGAGUUGAAGAGCGAUGGCAUCACACCCGUCGGAGAGCCAGUGAAAAUCCUCGAUAUUGACGAUACUGAUGGUCCCCUUGUUGAGGCCCCUGAUAUCUUACUCACUGAAGACGGCACCUACUAUUUGUUCUUCUCUUCGCAUUGCUAUGUUUCACUGGGCUAUAAUGUGAAAUACGCAUACUCAAAAUCCCUCAAGGGUCCGUAUGUGAGGGCUAAUCGGCCUUUGCUGCAGACUGGUGAUUGGGGUCUCGAGGCACCUGGUGGUGCGACAGUCUCGACUGAUGGGAGAAAAAUUGUUUUCCAUGCUAAUUGCGGUCAAUUCCGGUGUAUGUGGUCUGCUGCUAUUGAUAUUCGAUCCAACAACAAUACGAUUGUUAUGUCGAAGCUCGUGGUUGACCAAAAGUCAAAUUCUACGAAACCCACGGGGAACUCGUGA